CGACGAUUCCGCUUCGUUUGGGGCUGCCUGUGAGCGAUGUUCACGCUCUGUUGUUCGUGGCUGGGAUCGCGUUCUCGGCAUUCGGCUGCGUGGGCCUCGGUUGCUAUGGUGACGGGCCGGGUUUUCCAGGCCGCAGCAUGUCUACGGCGUCCAAGGUGGCCCUCGGUGUUUCCGCGGUGCUGACAGCGGGGACGGUGGCCGGGGUUCACCUCAAGCAAAAGCUGGAGAGGGAGAGAUUGCGAGAAGGGGUUUACAGAGAUCUUGAACGACAGCAACGCAAGAAAGAAAACAUUCGGAUACUGGAAGAACAGAUUAGUCUGACAAAGAAGCUGGAAGCUGAUCGACUGAAGCAAAGUCCCUUGGCAUCUGGAAGUUCCAAAAAGCCAGAAUGAAAUAACCUGUUUUAUUCUCUAAC